CCCUGAAAUUCUUUGCUGAUCCGACUUGAGACUGAGAGAAUUCAAGAUGGCUGUCUCAGAAAAUCAAAUGGUUUGAAAUAAGGGCUCCAGAUGAGGGCUUCCUCCUGCAUUUGCCCCGCUGUGUAAAUCUUUGUGAGUGUCAGUGCUGCCAGUCCCUCACUGCCCCAUCGGAGACACCAUGUCCAACACUUCCUCCUGUUCCUCCUCGGGGGAAACCAGCCCGGACGAUACACCCCGAGGUGGAGGCACCAUCCGCGUCUACCUCCCUAACAAGCAGCGGACGGUGGUAAACGUUCGGCCUGGGCAAACUGUGUAUGAUAGUUUAGAUAAAGCCCUAAAAGUCCGAGGCCUAAGCCAGGAUUGCUGUGCUGUCUUUCGCCUGCUUGAAGGCCGGAAGAGACUUACAGAAUGGGACACUGACAUCACACCCCUCGUGGGGGAAGAGCUACUGGUAGAAGUCCUGGAUGAUGUUCCCCUUACCAUGCACAACUUUGUACGUAAAACGUUCUUUAAGUUAGCAUACUGUGACUUCUGCCACAAGUUCUUAUUCAACGGCUUCAGGUGUCAGACAUGUGGAUAUAAAUUUCACCAGCACUGCAGCAGUAAAGUCCCUACAGUAUGUGUGGACAUGGACACAAUGACAAAACGGUGUGUUAAUAAUACAGAAGACUGCCCUGCGAUAUUGAUAUAUCCGGCCACCAAUUCCAUAUCGCAGAGCGACCUACCUUUAACCUCAGAUUCUCCUGGAGGGGAGCUGCCGUCUUCCCCGUCAAACUUCUGUUUGUUCAUUCGAGGAGAGGACGGUCAGUCUCUCCAGAGGCAUCGAUCAACCUCAACACCCAAUGUUCACAUGGUCAGCACGCUGGAGCCUGGCGCUGCUGGCCUUUUGGAGGAGCCAUUCAAAAUCAGCACAGUGGCGUCGUCCACAGGGUACGAGUCCUCUCCCAAACCUUCCACUAGCCCACCCCACCUAGGGUCGCCAGGAAGAAAACCCCCCAAAUCCCCUUCUGAACCCAAGGAACGAAAGCAGUCCUCGUCUGAUGAUAAAAAGAAAGUGCACCGGGGAGGUUACAGAGACUCCAGUUACUACUGGGAGGUGCACCCGCGGGAGGUGUCCAUGUUAAAGAGGAUUGGAGCAGGCUCUUUUGGGACCGUCUUUAAAGGCAAGUGGCAUGGAGACGUGGCCAUCAAAAUUCUUAAAGUGACAGAGCCCACACCGGAGCAGCUCCAGGCCUUUAAAAAUGAGAUGCAGGUUUUACGAAAAACACGCCAUGUAAACAUUCUGCUGUUUAUGGGCUUCAUGACAAGGCCUAAUUUUGCCAUUAUCACACAGUGGUGUGAAGGCAGCAGUCUGUAUCGCCAUCUGCAUGUCACUGAGACCAAGUUUGACACCAUGCGGCGCAUUGAUGUUGCUCGCCAAACAGCACAGGGCAUGGAUUAUCUUCACGCCAAGAAUAUCAUUCAUCGGGACUUGAAAUCUAAUAAUAUCUUCCUGCAUGAAGGCUGGACAGUAAAAAUCGGUGACUUUGGCUUGGCUACAGUAAAGUCUCGCUGGAGUGGCUCACAGCAGGUCGAACAGCCCAGUGGCUCCAUCCUGUGGAUGGCUCCUGAGGUGAUCAGAAUGCAAGACACUAACCCGUACACCUUCCAGUCUGAUGUGUAUGGAUAUGGAGUGGUGCUCUACGAACUGAUGUCUGGGACUUUGCCUUAUUCGAAUAUCAACAACCGCGAUCAGAUUAUUUUCAUGGUGGGUCGUGGUUACUUGUCUCCAGACCUCAGUAAAUUAUACAGUAACUGCCCGAAAUCAAUGAAGAGGCUCAUCAUUGACUGUCUGAAAUUCAAACGGGAUGAACGGCCUCUCUUCCCACAGAUCCUGGUGAGCAUUGAGCAGGUCCAGGAAUUGUUGCCAAAAAUCGAGCGGAGUGCCUCUGAGCCCUCUCUACACCGUGCUGUACAUGCCGAGGACCUGAAUCCGCUUCUCCUUCACACCACGCGCUUCCUGUGAGACUCCCGGAGACCAUCCUCUCUUCUGAAAGCCGUGCAGCAUCAUUCCCAGCAUGAAAUCCCGAGUUCCUCUCUUUUAUUCCACACAUUCCUGAGAGCACCCUAGUUAGGCUACUUUAUUGGUCCCAAAUACAGUCAAGCACACACAUAUAACAUUUAUUGCUCUCGCCCUCCUCUUUCCAACUUCCGAAAGCUGCCAGUAGAGAAUGUCAGUUUGUAUCUGGACCCAACUGCUUUCUAAAAAGGAAGCAGGACAUAAACCGUGCUCCAUUACUACAUUUAUUGGAUUACCAUAUCCAAGCAUCAUAUCGGCACAAUCUUAAUAACCUCCUUUUUUGAGGUGUAUUUCAAAAUGUGUAUGGUUGCUUACGUUACUUUUUUACUUUGAGAUGAAAGUAGCUUUUUAUUUUUUCAUAGAACAAGCAAACCAGCUUGGAGAUUUCCUUUUUUUUUGUCUCUGUUCUCCUUGCUUGAACUUCAGUUCCCAGUGAUGGCACACUGUGAUUGCUCCGUUCAUCUGCAUUGGUCACGCAGACUUUGCAGGCUGGUUUGCUGUCAGCUGCUUUAACUUCAAGGUCAUUCGCCCAUUGUCUUUUAAUUCAGCUAUUUUCUUAUGGAAAAUGUUGCUUAAAUUCUUUAUCUGGUGUCAGAUUAGGUUGGAUGUAAAUGUGCCCAUUUUAUAUGUGCUGUGCAUUUAUGAUAUUUAAAAAAAGAAACCUCUGGUUUGGCUUCUUCAUACCAGUAGGUUUGAGUUUAAUGAAAUUUACAGAUGAAUAGCACACAAAAUGUUGCUAUUUUCAGCAGCGAUCAACUUGUGAUGUUUUGAAAUGAGUACAUUUAAAUGAGAAUUGUGUGAUGUAAAAUGUUACAUCUUAAACGGGCGGUUCACCCAAAAAUGAAAAUUGUUAAUAAUUACUCAAUCUUCUAUCAUUCCAAUCCCCUGAGACCUUGGUUCAUUUACCAAAGCUGCCAAAAACAUCUUCAAAACAGACCAAUUGGAAUAUUAUUAAGCUACUAGUACAUUUUGUGCGCCCAUAAAACAUAAAUAUUAAAAUCUAAACCAUGGGUGUCCAAACUCUGUCCUGGAGGGCCGAUGUCCUGCAUAGUUUAGCUCUAACUUCCUUUGACACACCUCCCUGGAAGUUUCUAGUAUACCUAGAAAGAGCUUGAUUAGCUGAUUCAGGUGUGUUUAACUUGUGUUGGAACUAAAAUAUCCAGGACGCCGGCCCUCCAGGACCGAGUUUGGACACUUUUGAUCUAAACUGUUUCUUCUUAGAGUCAGUAUGUUGUGCGUCAUUUAUGAGAACUGUCACUCAUGUAACCAUUUCAUUUUUGGGUGAACUAACACUUUAAAAUUAAGUAAUCAUUUACAAACUAAACUAAGGUGGCUUUCACGCUGGACACAUUUGUUGAGGCCCAAGUGCAGUGCUAGUCUGUUUUUACAUUUUUUUUUUAGUUCCAUCAAACUAUUCUGCUGUACCAGGGGUAUGUUUUUCAUACGUGGAUUACUUAAUUAGCGUGAUUUAAAAAAAAAAAAAAAAUUUAUUUAUUUUUAUUGACGAUUUAACAUGAUCCAGAAUCGUUUCCUUCUUCAAAACUCAUCUAAAAGUUGUUGUCAUAGCAACAGUUCUGGUAGCUCAAACCUGUUCUGGUUUGAGCUACCAGAAUUUGUUCGCAGGCUUGUUUCAUAUGGGCAGGAUUAGAUCGGGCCUUUUCAAGCAAAGGUAAUACUGAAAGUAUACACCGAAUUCUUAUAUUUUCUUACAGUAUAGUAGUUAUAUACACUUGAGAAAUGAUAGAUAGUUAAAAAAAAAGACUGUCACGGGGUGGUUCUCCCCAUGGGGCUCAAAGAGAACAUUUAUUAACAAAACUUUUUAGAUGCAAACGUUUACUAUUUUAAGGUACCAACUGGUACCUUCCUGGUAGGACAUUUUGUGUAUGAUUAUAGACCUGCACAAUAUUCGACUGUUUUUAUUUUUUCAAAGGAAUAAUUUAUGCAGUCAUUGUUUUGACAGCUAUGACGAUGAUUUGAUCCUUUACAGACACCUUUACUGAUAUCCAAAUGCUUUUUUGUUGCAAAAUUAAUUGAAAUAGUCAGUUAUUCCUUAAACUGAUUAAGAAACUUAAAUAAGUCUAUAAUAAAGAAAGUUUGCUCUAAAUGUAAAACUAAAUAAAUUGCUAAAUACUCUUGACACUUGAAAGUGUAAAGCCUGCAGCCCACAAGUUAUUGCAUCAUAUUUAACAAAUCGUUUACUACAUUUUUUUAUGUAAUUUUGCACACAUGGAGAAUUGAAUAAUCAGAUUGUUAUGCUGCUGUGUUGUCAGCCAAUAGUUGCAUUACUGAUCAUGAUUUCGAGGAUUGAUAGAUCUGUCCUUCACGACACACGCAGCGACCUUAGAUCAGUUCAUCCAGACAUUUUUAUCUGAUUCAUGAACUUGUUUGAAGAACUAAAUUAGCCAGAAAUCAGUUAUCAAGAUUAACAGAUCCAGGAUCUGUCAAAUCAUCUUGGAUAAUUUAAGUGAGAUACAAAGAAUGGACCCCAGGAGGCCUUUCUGUGUGUAUGUUCUCCUCGUCUCUGCGUUUGUUUUCUCCAGGGGCUCCGGUUUACCCUCACAGUCCAAAGACAUGCGUUAUAUGUGAAUUGGGUUAACUCAAUUGGCUAUAGUGUCACAUCCCUGUGGGUUGUACUCUCAUUGCUGGGUUGGGUGUUUUAUUACUAAUUGGUGGUUUAUUUGACUUUGGCGACGCCUGAGAGGGCAGGGAAUAAGUCACCCUUAUGCUGCAUAAUCACUUAAGCAUAAUAAUCAAGCUGUCAUUUGUUUUGCUAAACAAACCAUUCUUUCACUUUUCACACAAAUUGAGACACUUUCUAUUGCAAGCAAACUCAGAGCGCCCCCUAUAGGUUGUCCUAGAUUCAGUUUUUGCAGGUGUGCUCUCAGGUCCACAUUACCUCUUUCACAUUACAUUUACAUUUAAGUAUUUGACCUGCACUGCAUUCAGUUCCUGCUUUCCCUGGGAAUUGAACACACGGCCUUCACAUUGCAAGCUCAUUCUCUACCAUUUGAGAUGCAUUCAAAUUGCAUCCUGUUUCUAACUAAACGUCUAGUGUGAAAGCAACCUUAAUAAUACUACAGUACUAAAUUAGUACUACAGUCUUCAACGCCAUUAACUGACCACCUCUGCUGCUUCUGCUGUUAGAUGUUUGUGCAGUUUAAGCAAUGGCUCACGCUGAGAUGGUCAUUUUUUAGUUUGGAGGUUAUCUUCAAACUGGAGUUCAUAGAAAGAUCUUUGGAAAUAGUCUUUGUCUGUCAAACAUCAGCUUUAAGAUGGUUGUUACAGUUGAUGCUCUCAAAACAAAAUACACUUCCUAAAUUAGGCUGCUAACUGUUGACUUCUGGUUAAUCAUCUUUGGUUAAUCGGCCAGUGUUGAGUGAGAUGAUCAAACUUAAGAUGCUCUUUUAUUUCUGCAGUGUGCAUCCUUUUAGGACUCUGUGAAGAGCAGCAUUUCUUUCAGAUUCAAACUGGCCAUAUUGGGCUUGGGGAGUGCUUCUGGCUGCUGUAUUCUUUCAAUUCAUUAGUUCUUUUUUCUUCUCAAAAGCAUGUCUUAACGAAACGGCUGUGCUGUCUAAUAGCAAUAGUAAAGUUCAUUUUCCACCCAUUCAGCUGGUUUCAGUUGGACUGAAUGAAACCUUCAGUGAUUGGGGGCCUUACGUUGAUUUACGUUUUUCAUCUGUCCAUUUAAUGAAGUCUUAAUAUAUGUAACUUAUUGAUUCAUAACUGACACUUGUACUAAAGGCAGAGCUUUGGUUCUUCUCUAGCAAUAUUCCAGUGGGGCUGGGUCCCCCCGUUGAGCUGUACUCAUUCCAAAUACCAGGCCUCCAGAAGAUUCUUAGGCCGAUUCCGUGUCUUGUUUGAGAGAUGGUUUCACAUCCCCAUGUUGACUUGGAAAUUAAUGUUUCAGAAAAACCUGGCUACAAAAAAAUGUGUGUAUGUAUCAUGAAUGAUGAUGUGGUACUCUACAAGUGUAGAAUCUUCCUAAGAAACCAGUGGUAAUAAUAUUGCUCUGUACAAAAGGAGGUCAUUGAGUUAUCAAGUGUUUGUGGAUACUUUAGGCACUAUAAGCUCUUCUCUUUUUCAUAACGGUUGAGAAAGCAAGACUAUUGGUUUAUUUUUUUAAUAGAUUUAGAUGCACAUCUAGUUCUGUUGAUGCAUUUAAAGCUAUAAACAGGCUUUAACAGAACAGCAUGGAAACCUCUGUAGAUUCAGGAACUGUUUUCCUUCGAAUUCCAGCCUUACGUUAAAUGGUUCUAGAUUAUUAGAACGGUAACCUCUUCCAACUUUUGGAAAUUUGCAGCAUUGCCUUAAUGGCUCUAAUGUCCCUCUAGAUACAUUGGGACAAACGCAUGUCCCCCGUUGUCAUUUGUAAGCACAUUUUUAUAGUUUCCAUUCAGCCCAAAAGAAGAUAAUCAGUAUACGAGAUUUGAGUUCCUGCUUUUGCACAAGGGCAUGAAUGCCGAAGAGUGAAACUUUAAAUAAGUGUACAAGUCACCAUUUGUUUUUCAGAUCAGAAUAUAUAACACGAUCUGUUGUUGGUUUCAGAAAAAAAACUAGUUUUGCGUAUUUUAGGUGAACUGCAAUAAAUUGUGUAUAGUUGAAGAGGUCUAAGGGGGUUUGUGAAAAAUGGUGUAUUCUGCCGUGUACAGUUACUUUUUUUUAUUUUUAAGAAAAGAUUACUUUAAAUUGUAUUUGUUUCUAUUUUUUUGUGUGAUGGUUUAAAACGAACAAAAUUAUUUUAAACAUGUAAAGGAAAUCUUAGUCGUUUUGUUUUGGGUCUUAAAUAUUGUGGAGAGGAUUUUGUUCUAAAAAUAAAACCAUUGAAUUCUG